AUGGUCAGAAAAUUCUUCAAUAUCAAAAGCAAAGCGGAGGACUCAUACCAAUCAAAUGGUGUGGCUUAUGGAGGUGGUGUCUUUGUUUCGUUUUCUUCAAAAAAUUUACUUUCCAAGAAUGACCGUUUUCAACUGACACUGGGCACCAACACACACAUGCUUCCACCCAAUGAGAUGCAAACCCAUUGUGGUGUAGAAUUUAAGGGAAGAGGUGAUGUAGCAUACAGAAGCAGGAAAAGCUUCUCCGAGAGAGAGCCUUGCACAAUCAAAAAGAGCAAAACAGAGAAGUUUAGCCGGAACAACAGGGAGCAGGUGAGGCGAGGAAGAGUUAGUCUUGACCAUCCUCGAAUUGUCGAUAUCCAUAACUAUAGCAUUUUUGUUGCUACAUGGAAUGUUGCUGGAAGAUCCCCGCCAAGUAAUUUGGGUAUAGAUGAUUGGCUUCAUGCCUCACCACCUGCAGAUAUUUAUGUUCUUGGAUUUCAAGAGGUAGUUCCCUUGAAUGUUGGUAAUAUCUUAGGCGCUGAAGACAAUGGGCCUGCCAAAAAAUGGCUAGGUCUCAUUGGAAGGACCUUAAACAAUCUUCCCGGUUCUAAUGGAGGUGGUGCGUAUUAUACACCAUCUCCAAUACCUCAGCCGGUGGUAGAAUCAAAUGUAGAUUUUGAAGGAUCAACUAGGCAGAAGAAUUCAUCGUUCUUCCAUCGUCGAUCGUUCCAGACAACUUCUAGCAGUUGGGGAAUGGAUAACGAUCCUGCAACUAUGCAGCCUCAACUAGAACGAAGAUUCAGCGUCUGUGAUCGUGUGAUUUUUGGUCAUAGGAAAAGUGACUUUGAUCCCAGUUUUAGAUGGGGUUAUAGGCCCAGUGACUAUUCUAGGGCCAGUGACUACUCCAGACCCAGUGACUAUUCAAGAUGGAGUUCAUCUGAUGAUGACAAUGUCCUUGGAGAUUCGCCAAACACAGUCUUAUUUUCACCAUUGUCUUGUGGUGGACCUGCCUCUACUGAAGAUGGAUAUGUCAUGCCAAGGCGUUCCAGGUAUUGCCUUGUUGCGAGUAAGCAAAUGGUAGGAAUAUUUCUUACCAUAUGGGUGAGAAGUGAAUUGAAGGAUCAUGUUCGAAACAUGAAAGUAUCAUGCGUUGGCAGAGGAUUGAUGGGUUAUCUUGGAAAUAAGGGAUCCAUCUCAGUUAGCAUGUCUCUACAUGAAACAAGCUUUUGCUUCGUUUGUAGCCACUUAACCUCCGGACAGAAAGAGGGCGAUGAACUACGAAGAAAUUCUGAUGUGAUAGAGAUUCUUAAGAAGACAAGGUUUCUUCGUGUACAUGAUGGUGACAGUGAGAAGUCUCCGGAGACAAUCCUUGGGCAUGAUCGAAUUAUAUGGCUUGGAGACUUGAAUUAUCGAAUUGUCCUCUCCUACCGUUCUGCUAAGGCUCUGGUUGAGAUGCAAAACUGGAGAGCAUUAUUGGAGAACGACCAGUUGAGAAUAGAGCAGAGAAAAGGUCGUGCAUUUGUGGGAUGGAAUGAAGGGAAGAUAUAUUUCCCUCCAACAUACAAAUACUCAACUAAUUCAGAUAGAUAUGCAGGAGAUGAUAUGCACCCAAAGGAGAAAAGGCGAACACCUGCAUGGUGUGACCGUAUAUUGUGGUAUGGAGAAGGUCUGCAUCAAUUAUCUUAUGUCCGUGGAGAAUCAAGGUUUUCGGACCACAGGCCGGUUUAUGGCAUAUUUUCUGCUGAGGUUGAGACAAGUCAUGGAAGGUUGAAGAAAAGUAUGAGUUGUUCUCGGAACAAAAUUGAGGUGGAGGAACUCUUGCCAUAUUCCCAUGGAUAUACUGAACUAAGUUUUUUCUAG